AUGUCAGUCUCAUGUAGGGAAGCACUGAAAAGGCUCGCGACACGUUUGUGCCAGAGUUCAGAGCUCUGUGUGCCAAGCCGUCAACAGCCCCUGCUGGUAGAGUGUAGAGAGGCGCUACUACAGACUUUACAAAAAAGACACAGUUUCCAAUUAGAUCACAACCUGCACAGGCUACAUUCAUUCUUAAAUGGGAAUCAGAUGGCUUCUCGGCUGAGCUCAGGACAGAGAGCUGAAGAUUGUUCACCUUUUAGCCAUGCAGUGGAGAAUGAGGAUAUGUGUUAUAGCAGGAACAUGGUGAUAUGGACAGAAAGUGCCAUGCAACAAGAUUACUUAGCACAGGAAGUUAAGCAGGACUUGGAUAGACGAGCUUUCACCAAGAAACGGAUACAAGAGUGGAAGACAUCGUCCACUCUCUUCUCCCUUGAAGAACCACGACAGUCACACACUGACAUGUUUGACCAGUGGAGGGCAGCUGGAUUGUCUCAGGAUUGCAUCAGAGCUCAGCAACAUCACAGCAGACGACUCUUUAACCAGGAACAGACCUUUACCCAGCAUGCCGUCCCUAUACUCAGAAGCCCCACCUGGGUUGAUCAUCCUGUAAACUCCAAUUCUCAGCAACAGCCACUAAGCAGAGUGGAAAGUUUGAAAAAUGUGGAUUUAGAUCUCUCUAGAAUCUCUCAACAGUGGAGGGAAGACAAAGGUCUUGAUUUGAAUUCAUAUCACAUAUAUGAGAGCAGAAAACAAAAACCACAAGCAUCUUUUGGAGGAUCCAGAUUCUGGUCCCAUCAGCAGCAAGUUCAGGAUGAAAAAGAAAGAUGGGCUCCCUUGUCAUUCUCAGCAUCCUAUCUCUCUGAGGGCUUUCAGUACAAGCCUUUUUUUCGUUGUCCACAUCCAUCUAACGCCUAG